AUGUUUUCUUCAAACCUUUUUCCACAGAUUUUACCAUCUUUCCAGGUUUCCUCUUCUUUUAUUGGUCUAAAUGGCACUGAUUUUUUUCUUCACCACCCCCACGAUCUGGUUUCUGGGCACCAUAUCGUGGACAAUGCUCCCGUGGUACCUGCAACUAUCGACCUGCCUGUGCCUGUUUCAAACAAGACCACAUUAACUAAUUGUCAAGAUUUUGACAGGCUAAAUGGAUUUCCAAGGAAGCAAACAGUUAAAAAGGAUAGGCAUAGCAAAAUAUUUACAGCUCAAGGUCCAAGGGAUCGAAGAGUGAGGCUUUCCAUCGGUAUUGCACCUAUUGAAGAGCUGCAGGUUAAGUUAAACCAUGGAGAAGGCGAGGGAGUUUUAGCAGAUAGUACUGAAGAUGCUGAAAAUGGGGAAUCAUUGAGGAUGGAUUCUAAGAGGAAAUCAUUGAUGGACGAUAAACAGGCUGCAAUAUAUCUUGCAAGAGAGUUGAGGGCGAAGGCAAGAGCAAGAGCAAGGGAAAGAACGAGAGAAAAAAUGUCAAUCGCAUGGCUCAAUGAAGCCAAGAAACUUUCUAAUUUGAGCCCCUCCAUUCAAAAUCAAACAAGGCCUUGGAAUGAGAUUGAAAUUAGUAAGAUAUCAGAUAAUUCUAAUAGUCACAACAUUUCCUGCUUGAAGGUGGCUGUUGAUGAAUUAGCAGCUAAGAAUAUGAUUGAGGAAUCCAUUGUGAUCAAAAGAAAGUUAAAGCCUUCUUCUGUUUUUGGCUUCCAAGAAAACUUUAUUAUUGUGAAAGAUUCGAAUUCAAACUGCAAUUUUUCACCAAAUGCUACUGAAAAUUGGGAUUUCAGCUCACAGUCAAGCUUAUGUGCCAUUUUUGAUCAGCAUAAGUUCAUUAAACGCACUUCGAACAUGUAG